GCGAAGAAAUACAUACAUAGUCUUUUCGUAAUACACAUAGCAGUACGUCAAUAAAUAGCAUUCACUCUAUGAACAUGAGUGAAUAAGAUUUUUCAAUUGUACACAGACUUCAAUUCGUUACGACCUGUUGCUUUCACGAAGGUGAUUUUUCCAAAUAUUAUAAAGCGACCAGUAUAAAACUUCCAACCACGUGCAUCAUCAAAAAACUGUUGGCGAAGUGAAAAAAUAUAAUGGCACACAUUGUUUUGGUUAUUGGUGCUGGUGGUAGAGAACAUGCUAUUGUUUGGAAACUAUCAUUGUCUCCACAAGUAAAUAAAAUCUAUGUUGCUCCUGGAAAUGUUGGAAUGACAUCAAUUGAUAAAGUUUCUUUAGUGAAAUUAAAUGUUAAGAGCAAUGAGGAAGUAUCAAAAUGGAGUAAGGACAAUAAAGUGAGUUUAGUAGUAGUUGGUCCAGAAGAAUAUUUAGCAAAUGGUUUAGCCGAUGAAUUAAAAAAUGUAGGAAUCCAUUGUUUUGGUCCUGAAAAAGCACCAUCAAAAAUUGAAGCUGAUAAAUAUUGGGCAAAGGAAUUUAUGGAUAGACAUAAAAUUCCUACAGCAAAAUGGAAAGGAUUUAAUAAUGCUGAAGAAGCAAAGAAAUUUGUUAUGAAUGCAACAUUUCCAGCUCUUGUAAUAAAGGCUGCAGGUUUAGCAGCUGGUAAAGGAGUAAUAGUAGCUAAAGAUAGACAAGAAGCAUGCAAUGCAAUAGAUGAGAUUUUAACAAAAAAAAAAUUUGGAUCUGCUGGAGAAUCAAUAGUUGUAGAGGAGUUACUAGAGGGAGAAGAAGUGUCUGUACUUGCAUUUACAGAUGGAAAAACUAUUGUACCAAUGGCACCUGCCCAAGAUCACAAACGAAUUUUCAAUGAUGACAUGGGACCAAACACUGGUGGUAUGGGUGCUUACUGUCCAUGUUCUUUAUUGCAGAAAGAAGAUUAUGAAUUGGUGAAAGCAAACGUUCUACAGAAAACAAUUAAUGGUCUCAGAGAAGAAAAGAUUCCAUUUGUUGGUGUAUUGUAUGCUGGAUUAAUGUUAACAAAGGAUGGACCUAAAGUUCUAGAAUUUAACUGCAGAUUCGGGGAUCCGGAAACACAAGUAGUGUUGCCACUAUUGAAAUCAGAUUUAUUUACAAUUAUGAAGGCAUGUUGUGAUGGAUUGUUGAACGAAUCUCAAAUUUCAUGGCAAGAAAAUGUAUUUGCUGUUGGUGUUAUUUUGGCCUCUUGUGGAUAUCCUGUGUCAUCAUCAAAAGGCCAAGUUAUAACUGGUGUUAAUGAUGUUUUGCGUAAAGCAGAUCAUUUUGUUUUUCAUAGUGGAACAGAUAUUUCUCCUCAAGGAGAAUUAUUGACUAAUGGAGGAAGAGUUCUUAUUACAGUCAGCUUAGCACCUUCGUUAACUUUAGCUGCUGCUAAAGCCACUAAUGCUGCUCAAAACAUAUUCUUUGAUGGAAAACAGUUUAGAACUGACAUAGCACACAAGGGAAUUGCAAGAUCUAUAUUACAUCAUGGAAAACUUACAUAUAAAAGUAGUGGUGUAGACAUAGCAGCAGGAGAUUCAUUAGUUACUGCUAUUAAACCAGCUACAUGCUCGACGAAACGGUUGGGAACAAUGGGUUCAAUAGGUAGCUUUGGUGGGUUGUUUGACAUAAAGGCAGCAGGUUAUAAAGAUCCAAUCCUAGUGUCUGGUUCCGAUGGUGUUGGAACUAAAUUAAAGAUAGCAUUUGAAUGCAAUAAACAUGAUACAGUUGGUAUAGAUUUAGUGGCUAUGUGCGUAAAUGAUGUUCUUGCGCAUGGUGCAGAACCACUAUUUUUCUUGGAUUAUUUUGCCUGUGGAAAAUUGGAUGUUAAUGUAGCCAAUGAUGUUAUCAAUGGCAUAAGUGAAGGAUGUAGAAGAGCAGGAUGUUCAUUGAUUGGCGGUGAAACAGCAGAAAUGCCUGAUAUGUAUUCUCAUGGAGAGUAUGACUUAGCUGGAUUUGCUGUAGGUGCAGUUGAAAGGGACAGAAUACUUCCACGUUCAAAUGAUAUAAAAGAUGGUGAUAUUGUAAUUGGUCUUCCAUCAAAUGGGGUACACAGUAAUGGAUUCAGUCUCAUCCGAAAAGUUUUAAAACUAGCAGAUAAAAAAUAUUCAGAUAUUGCACCAUUUUCUGAAACUGCGCGUACAUUCGGCGAAGAAUUGUUAGAACCAACCAAAAUUUAUGUAAAAGGAGUUAUUGCCGCUUUGCAAACGAAUUUGGUAAAGGCAUUUGCGCAUAUUACUGGAGGUGGUCUUACGGAAAAUAUACCGAGAGUUUUGCCAAAAAAUAUGGGAGUAUUAUUAGAUGCUAAUAAAUGGAAAAUUCAAUCAAUUUUUAGUUGGUUGGCAGCUUUUGGUGAAAUUAAUAAGGAAGAAAUGUUAAGAACAUUUAACUGUGGUAUUGGUGCAGUGUUAAUAUGUUCACAAACAGAGAAGGAUAAAGUUCUACUUAAAUUGCAAUCAGAAAAUCCAAUAGUUAUUGGACAUGUAACAAAUUUCAAAGACAAUGAAGUUAGAGUGAAUGUUAAAAACUUUGAAGCAGCAUUAGAAUUAGGCAUGAAGCAAUACAUACCCAAUAUCGUUGCAAAAUUAAGUCAACCUUUGAAAAGAGUGGGUGUUCUCAUAUCUGGUAGUGGUACUAAUUUGCAGUCAUUAAUUAAUGCAACUCAAGAUCCGACACAACAUAUUGAUGCGGAAAUAGUUUUAGUAAUAUCCAAUAAACCAAAUGUUGAAGGUCUUAAACGAGCUGAAAGAGCUGGUAUUAAAACUAAGGUUUUGAAAAACACUGAUUAUCCUAAUCGAGAAGCUUUUGAUUCAGCAAUGAAUGUGGAACUAGAAGCUGCUGGAGUUGAGAUAGUUUGUCUUGCUGGGUUUAUGCGUAUUCUAUCAAACAGUUUUGUACAUAAAUGGCGAGGAGCAUUAAUAAAUGUGCAUCCAUCAUUGUUACCAUCUUUUAAAGGGGCAAAAGCACAUGAGGAUGCAUUAGCAGCUGGUGUACGCGUAUCAGGGUGUACAGUACAUUUUGUAGAGGUCGAAAUAGAUUCUGGAGCAAUCAUUGAGCAAGCAACAGUACCUGUUUUACCAAAUGAUACUGUAAAAACACUUCAAGAGCGUGUAAAAACUGCCGAACAUCGUAUCUUUCCCCUAGCUUUAAAACACUUAGCUAAUAGAAGAAUAAAACUAAAAGAAGAUAAUACUAUUAUAUGGUAUUAUUAAAAAUACAAUGUGUUGUAUUACGUUUUGUCUAUUAAAUGAUAUAUUUUUUACUGUUUA